CCAGGGUCCAGGAAGAUGAAGUUGAACUGGUGCAACUUCAAGUUCAAGCAAAGUUCAAGCAGGUACCUAGGUUUGCAGGGCCAACCAAUCUCACAAUUCAGUUGACCUGGAAGGGUGUCCUGACAGGCACAUCAUGGCGCCUCCUUGUGAAGUGGCAGUGCUAUUCGACCGUGGGUCGCAGUUUGAGAAGGGUUGAGAGUAAUGAGAAACAAUUGGACCUUUGAACGAGCCCAAGCAGCUAAAUAGAGGAAGUGGCGGUUGCGGGAAGGCAGCCAACAUCUGCUGACAGGCUUGCUUGCCUUGCGAUAUAAAACGUUUUUUCGCGCUCCCCUUCUUGCCCAGGGUUAGAUGGACCUUGAGAACGUGCAAACAGAAGGUGUUGGCUGAUCCUUGUAGGGCGGUCUGUCCAUAGUAGCCACAAUGAGCAAGCAGGAAGGAGUGUGAAGAGAAGGAGGCAUAUGAAACAAGACCUUUUACAGUUUGGGGCAUGGAUGGGAAAGUGAAAGGGCCAGAUGGAGGAUGCUUUUGUUGUUCUAUCAAGUGGAGUUCCCAGUGGAGGAGAGGGCCGUCCGGAGAGAAGAAUCUUUGCAACAAAUGUGGAGUUGCAUAUUACCAGAAUCAGUUCUCAUGGGCUGAUCCUGUGGAGGAAUUGAUUGCACGGAGGAAAAUGUUGCAGGAGCUCAAAGUUGAAGAAGAGAGGGCUGCCCUAGCUGCUGUGGCAGCGGCGCUGGAGCGGGAAACUCUUGAGCAGGCCAAGCGGAAGGAGGAGCAGGCCAUGGGUCUUUCACAGCAUGGAGUGGUGGCAGAGGGCAGGAACAAAGAAGAAGACAAUCAGCAGGUGGCUGCUAGCAACCUGCAUGGGAUGAACAAUGGAAUGAAUUGGCAUGAGAAGGAGUUUGUACAUACUAGGGAUAUUGGGGAAGCAGCACACAUUGGCCAAACCUUAGCAGGGGACCCUCAAGAAGGAGCUGCCUCUCCGACACAUGGCUCUGCAAAGGAAGUCAGUGGGGAUGUUGACGCCGUUGAGAAAGCAGAGUGCAGCGAGGAGACCAGGAGCCAUGAGCUAUUUGGCUUGACUGUCGCCGCACCAGAGGCCGCUGUUGCUAGCGUGCACAAUGAGGUCAUUGGUGGCGCAGGGCUUGCCACUACCAAGCCUGGCUCAAGAAGCUCGAAAGGCGGCGGGAAAAACCAGAAGCAGGAGAGCAGUGUAAGGAGGGGCCAGAAGGCCGUCACAUUGGAGGAGGAGAAGAGGGCAGGGGCACAGGUUGACGAGCCCUUAAAAGAAGAGGAAUUUGUCGCCGUCAAGCCGAAGAGGAAGGCAGCCAAGAAAACAGUGGAGGAGAGGGAGGACGAGGAAGCGGGAAUCGAAGAAGCGGGCGGUUGGGACAAGGAGGAGGAGGCGGGGUUGCUGCCGGGGUUGCAGGAGGGAGAGCGCUGCUGCAAGUCCAACAACCGCAGCUGGCGGUGCAGCAGGUCCAGGCACCCGGGAUCGCGCUACUGUAUAUAUCAUAUCAGGGACUACGUGGACGGGAAGCUGAUUCCCCGCAAAAACCUGCCGGCGCACGAGAAGCUGAGCCGCACUCAGAGCAUUGAGGCAGAGGCGGAGGCCCCUGAUUCCAGCAACGGGCGCAGGAGAACUCGAAGAAGGAGCCUGCAGCAGGGAACUACCGAAGGGCUCCGCAGGGAAGUGCACAGGGGAGGUUGGGGAAAUGAUUGUACAGAUUCUGAGGGCUCUGAGGGAGACGGUCUGGAUAGGCAGCAGGCUUACUCCUCUGGUGACGAGCUUGUUGGGGAUGAAGAUGGUGGCCCGCCGCCCCUCCUUCCACAGCAGCACCUGCCAAUGAAGAAACGGUUUGCCGUGACCCCAGGAGCAGCAAGGGAGCCAUGGGCGAGGGGUGAGUUUGAGAAUGGAGCAUCCGCACUGGGACCAGAUGUGACAAUUGGUGCGAGCGAGAAGGAGUUGGCAGAAUGGGCGCUUGCGCACAAGUACAGUGAGGAGGCCAGAACGGGCGGAGCAGGUGGGAAGAAUGAGGAGGCACUGCAGCCUGGCAUUAAGGCCGAGAGCGUUGUAGAUGGGGGUUCAAGUGGCACCAUGACAGCCCAUGCCCCUGUCAGAGCCGUGUUGGGCGAGCUGCCAGAUGCGUUUCUACGAGCGCAGGAGAGGGGAGAGGGGCAUCAGGACAUGCAAGCAGAUGCUGGUUUGCGGGAGCCGCCCUACCGGCCAGAAAGCAGCAUGUCGCCCAAGGGGGAGUCUCUCAGACGAGUGGGCAUGAUUGUUGAGGCGCUCGCGGGCGGCCUGGACAACUUGGGACAUGCAGACGACGUUGGUGCGGAAGCCCAUGAGGGGCAUGUACAGGAGCGGCUGGGAGCCCAAGGGAACGGUCCAGCAGAGGGGGUCAAAGUGAAGACAGAGGACGGCGGCGAGCUCAAGGGGGAGUUCAAGCGGUGCAUCAUGUCCGGGGGCACCGGGUGGAAGUGCGGACGGCCGCGCAUCGAGGACUCCAAGUACUGCCAGUACCACUUUGAGCUGCGGCGCAAGCAGCGCCUGAACAGCGGGGCACGCGCUGCCAAGGGGGCGGGCAAGCGGCGAACGCCGGGGCUCAAGCGGAGCACUCGGGGAAGCCCCAAGGGGAACAAGACGCCACAGGAGGCGCAGCCCCGGGGCCGCAAGCGAAAGUUGCCCAAGGCGGAGCCGGUGUCAGAGGAGCAGGAGGCGUUCCCCUUCCUGAGCUUGGAGUUCCGGCUGCAGAAGAGGACGCGCACCAAGAAGGCGGUGCGGCCGCACAGUGCGGUGGACCGGCUGCUGCUGGCAGCCAAAGUGCGGCGCGAGGAUUCGCUGGAGCUGCUGUCAGAGCAACAGGCGGGCAGGCAGCACCUCAGGUGCUUCCAAGUUAAAGUGAGCGACCUGGGGGCAGCCGACUUCUCGGAGAUGGACGAGGACGAGGCUGGCGCGCACGAGGCCCUUACUCAGAUGCUGGCGGCGUCCACGCACCAGGGCCCCUCCAGCAGCGACCGGCUCAAGAAGGAGGACAACGGGCCAGAAAGGAGCACGGGGGCCUGCGCAGAGCUAUGCAAGAAGGACAGUGCAGACGAGGCGGCCGCACCAACCACCAGCCCGGAGAAGGCACCGCAGCCUUCCAGCCCGCAGACUUCGCCUGGGGCCACCAUGGCAGCGCGGCAUGCUCUGAAGCGCCUAGUUGCUGCUGAGGGCGCAGGCGAGUCCGAUGGAGCGGAGCCCAAGCGGUCCCGCAGUGAGGCCCACGAGGCGCGGCGCCUGGCGUGGGAGCUACGGACCGCAGAGGAGGCGCGCGUUCGGCUGGAGGCGGAGGGCGCUCAGGUGGCCUGGAAGCUGAAGCAAGAGCUGGCGACGCGUGCCAAGCUGGAGACGUGCCUGGCGGAGCUGACGCGCACCGAGGAGGCUAAGGAGAGGCCGGAGGUGGCGGCACUGCGGGAAGAGGUGGCGGCGCUGCGGCACGAGCUGGGGGAGGAGCGGGCAGCAAACGGCACGCUCAGGAAGCAGAUCCGUCAGUUGAACGAGCAGCUGGAGGCGCAGGAGGCGCAGUUCCUGGGCCACCAGGCCGACCUCGAGGUGUUGGAGGCGAAGCACAAGGACCUGGAGGCCAACAUCGCGGCGCUGCUCGUGGAGAAGCACACGCUGCAGAGCGAGCUGUCUCUCUUGCGGCUAUCAAACAAGUGCCUGCUGUGCCACACCCUGACGGCCAACACCGCGGUGGACCCGUGCGGGUGCCGCUUCUGCUCCUCCUGCUUGAUGUUGCCUACCAGGACCCAGAGCAACGGGACCAAAGACCGCGCGCCCAGCCUGGCCCUGCAGUGCCCAGCCUGCCACGGGUCUAUCAAAGGAGCCAUAAAGGUCCUAAAGCCAGCGCUGUUGGAACCAGGCGGAUGCUACCGGACGAGUUAAGGCCGCGCGGCAAAAGGGCCGCAGAUUCAGGCAUGUGUACAGCUAAGAAACAGCAAAGACGGCUUUGCGAAGCUAGGCGAUGCACCAUGUGCUUUCAUCUUGUAAAUAUAGUGUUGUCUAGAAAGAUCUAUAAACUUCUUGUUUUUGGGGUUCUUGUUCAUAAGUGCUAGGACAAUACAGCGGAUGAUCCAGCCUUGUAUAAAUGUCUCGCCUCAUCAGGUUGUGGGAGGGUGGUUUUCGGGUAGGAUUGAAGGGUAUAUGUGGUAGCCCCAAACUUUUAGCCAGGUCGCUAAACUCUUUUCUGCACUUUCUGUAUGAAACAUUUUUUUGCUGUUUGCAUCAUCACUAUGUCUGGAGUAAAAGGGCCA